AUGAUAAGGGGAAGGAAGCCUCAUGCCAUCACCGCAGCGGCUCUAACCAAGAGGAAGGAACAGGAAAAGAUGGAAAAAUUAUACUAUGCUGAACGGAAAAAGUUGUUCAUUGGUGAUGAAGAAUUUAUGAACACAUUACACCCCUUCGAGGACUCAAAGAAAGGUUGUGGCAAAAAAUCAUCCCCAUUUCAGAAAGCUCUCAUUGCAUGUAUUAAUGAAAACAAUGGGUACGCUACAGAGCAACAAUUAUUAGAUUAUGUUGUUAAAAAGUGGGAUAUUAUAGUAAAAUAUACUCCAAGAGCAUUUAUAUCCGAACCAUCUAUCCGUGUUAUACGUUUAAAUCUCUCAGUGCGAAAAAAGGCAAGACAUUUGUUUUUGAAACACCCUGAAUUGCCUGACACUUGGAUAAUUAAUUCCAGCCCUAGAAAGAACCCUCCAAAAAGAACACUAUUCAGGAACACGAUGAUCGAUGAAAGCUCAGAAGAAGAUGAAAAAACCUCAUCAGAAAUCGAGGCUCCAAUUGAAUCAGAACCCGACGUUAUCAACGAAUCUUACAUAAUGCACAAAGAUACAUUUGAAAGGUAUGUAGAAGAUUACAUGAAAUCAGUCGAAGGCGAUGUAAAACUCGAAGAUAUCGCAUUACAACUCAGCAAAUUUAAAGACAAAGCCGGAUUAUUUAAGUGUUUACCUCUAGAGAGAAGAGUUAGAGCAUGUUUAAUUGUGUUAAAAAGUGAAGGAAGGGUUUUCUUUGAUGAAAAAACUAAUACCUGGAGUAAUCAAAAAAAGCCCUUAAUAAUUGAAAAGAGUUCUGAAAAUAAUAAUCGUCUGACAGGAGUUGAAAUUUCAUAUCUGACAAUUGAUGAAAUGUAUGAAAAAAUCAAGAAUAAAGGUAUAGUUUAA